AUGUUUAAAUUUGUCAUAAUUGGAUUAGCAGUAGUCGUAGGCCAGUGCUAUACAAGCGGUUAUGGCGGAGGUUAUGGCGGCGGACUGGGAGCCGGCGGUAUGGGUGGACUUGGACUGGGAUUAGGUGGUGGCGGUAUCGGUAGCAUUGGUGGCGGCGGUGGUGGUGGUCGUGUAAACGCCGCCAUUAUUAGCUCACGUAGUCUACAGCUAAUACCGACCGGCAGUCAACUGGGAUCAUCCGCACCGACCAUUGUCGACAUCGAUAGCAGCGAACAACCCGUCCAAUUGAAUUUCCUCAGCCGAUCGUCACCAUUGUUGGCCACCCAAAACCAUAUCGGCCAACAGGGUAGUCAUCAGUCCAGCCAAUCAGUCGAUCAGCCACAUCAGCUCAGCCAUGAAGUCGUACGACCUGUUUUCCAGAUGGUCCGCGAAGUGGUUGUACCCCAACGUCAGAUCAUCCAAGAGAUACGUCCGGUUGUCGAAAACGUCCAGACAUUGGUGGCCGCGGGUCAGGGAUUAGGCGGAGGCGGAGGAGGAGGAGGAAGACAAUUGUCGACCGGUUUCGGUGGUCUCGGCGGUUCAAUUGGUGCCGGUAUUGGUUURGGYGGUAAAGGAGGUKCYGGUGGUUAUGGUAUCGGUCUAUCAUUGGGUGGUUCGGGUAAAAGAUAUUAA